AUGGACCUGCAACCAUGGACCUGCAACCAUGGAUCUGCAACCAUGGACCUGCAACCAUGGACCUCCAACCAUGGACCUGCAACCAUGGACCUCCAACCAUGGACCUGCAACCAUGGACCUGCAACCAUGGACCUGCAACCAUGGACCUGCAACCAUGGACCUGCAACCAUGGACCUGCAACCAUGGACCUGCAACCAUGGACCUGCAACCAUGGACCUGCAACCAUGGACCUCCAACCAUGGACCUGCAACCAUGGACCUGCAACCAUGGACCUGCAACCAUGGACCUCCAACCAUGGACCUCCAACCAUGGACCUCCAACCAUGGACCUGCAACCAUGGAUCUGCAACCAUGGACCUCCAACCAUGGACCUGCAACCAUGGACCUGCAAUCAUGGACCUGCAACCAUGGACCUCCAACCAUGGACCGCCAACCAUGGACCUGCAACCAUGGAUCUGCAACCAUGGACCUGCAACCAUGGACCUGCAACCAUGGAGCUGCAACCAUGGACCUGCAACCAUGGACCUCCAACCAUGAACCUGCAACCAUGGAUCUGCAACCAUGGACCUGCAACCAUGGACCUGCAAUCAUGGACCUGCAACCAUGGACCUGCAAUCAUGGACCUGCAACCAUGGACCUGCAACCAUAG